GCAAGAGAAGAUGUUCCAUUACACGGCACUGGCCUACACCACUCCACGUUACCAUCUUUGUCCGCAAAACCAACAAUUCCAUACCCAUCUUCGUCCUCACAAAAUUAAAUAUCUCCAUCUACAUACACUACACCUUUUCAAUACUCAACUCUUCUCUCUCUCUCUCUUUUCUACCAUGGUUGCAAGCUUGGGAAACCUAGCGUUAUUACUCGACAUUUCUUCGCCGCGAACCUUAUCUCUCGAUAGAAAGUCUCGUCUCGUUGGCGUAGACGCAAUUCUCACCUUACCGCUCAAGCGAGACUCUUCUUCUUCUUCUUCUACUUCCUCCUCUUGCGGAUACGAUGGGGAGGUACGUGGGCGCGUGGUGGUGGCGCGUGGGAAGUCAAACUCGGAGCAGAACGGGGUUGAUUUUGACGCGGAGUGGAGUGACGAGGAAGAAGGAGAGUUUGGGGAUGAUUUUGAGAAGAUAAGGAUGAGAGUGAGGGAGCUUGAGGAGAGGAGAGUGAGGGAGCUUGAGGAGAGGAGAGAGCUUGAGAAGAAAACGGAAGAGUAUUUGCAGAGUGAAAAAAUCGAUGAUGGAGAUGAAGAGAUCACCGAGGAAGAGAAGAGGAUGAGAGUCAGGAAAGUGCUCGAAAAGGUGGCUAAGGAGCAGGCAGAGAAGAGGGCCAUGGCUCAGUUGAUGUUCGAUUUGGGUCAGAAAGCUUACGGGAGAGGCAAGUAUGGACGGGCCAUUAAAUUUCUUGAAGGUGCGCUCACUAUCAUAGCAAGACCUACAUUAUUCGGUGGUGAGAUCCAAAUAUGGUUGGCCAUGGCUUAUGAGGCCAAUAAUCGCCAUAACGAUUGCAUUGAUCUAUACAAGCAAUUAGAAAAGUCACACCCUAUUGUUAGCAUCCGGCGCCAAGCUGCAGAGCUUCGUUACAUUUUGGAAGCACCAAAGCUAAAGAUAACCCAGGAGGAGAUGGUGACUAUACCUUUGAUUUUUGACAGUUAUGACAGUUAUGCUGUAACAUGGAGUGAUAAAAACAAGGGUAGAAAGAGUGGAACAGUUAACACUCCAUUUCCAUCAUCAAAAGAUAACCUUUUGGAUUCUCUUGUGUGGAGCCCUCCUACUGGAUUAGGGAAAAAUCGAGCAUUCUGGGUUGGUUUAACAUUAUGGUUGGGAUUAGUAGGUGCUGCUCUCUUCAUUCAAAGAUGAAGUUCCAGUUCUUCAAUUUCUGAUGAUUCUAAUUUUGUGUUAUAAUUUUUCAUUUUAGUUUUUAGUGUAUAUAGUCCAUUGUAAAAUUAUUGUAUGUAACCAAUAGGAAAUAUGUGUUAUUUUAUUAUAUUUUCCUGUUAGGGUGGUUGUUCUAUUGAAAGUACAAGAUUGUAAGUUCAAAUUUAAUUGUGUCAUUGUAUAUUGAAAAAAUAAUUGUUGAAUUACAAAUAUUUAUGGUAAUUUCUGUUAACUA